UUCCGCAGGCACCCAACCGUGCGUGUCGUGCGUGCUGACGUCGGGAGCGUGCCCCUGUCCGGCAGCGGAGGAGACCCCGCGCAGUGCUGCCAACGCCCCGGUGGAGAAGCCGAGGUCAACAUCAAAUUUGAGAUACUUAAAGUGGAUACAAAACUAUUUCAGCAAUGCAGACAAUUAAGUGUGUUGUUGUGGGCGAUGGUGCUGUUGGUAAAACAUGUCUCCUGAUUUCCUACACAACAAAUAAAUUUCCAUCAGAAUAUGUACCGACUGUUUUUGACAACUAUGCAGUCACAGUUAUGAUUGGUGGAGAGCCAUAUACUCUUGGACUUUUUGAUACUGCAGGGCAAGAGGAUUAUGAUAGAUUACGGCCACUGAGUUAUCCACAAACAGAUGUAUUUUUAGUCUGUUUUUCAGUGGUUUCUCCAUCCUCAUUUGAAAAUGUGAAAGAAAAGUGGGUUCCUGAGAUAACUCACCAUUGUCCAAAGACUCCUUUCUUGCUUGUCGGGACCCAAAUUGAUCUCAGAGAUGACCCCUCUACCAUCGAGAAACUUGCCAAGAACAAACAGAAGCCUAUCACUCCAGAGACUGCUGAAAAGCUGGCCCGUGAUCUGAAAGCUGUCAAGUAUGUGGAGUGUUCUGCGCUCACACAGAGAGGUCUGAAGAAUGUGUUUGAUGAGGCUAUCCUAGCUGCCCUCGAGCCUCCGGAAACUCAACCCAAAAGGAAGUGCUGUAUAUUCUAAACUGUUUUCUCCUUCCCCUCUUUGCUGCUGCUUUCUGUCCCACUAUUGUAGAAAGAUCGUUUAAAAACAAAGGAAUAAAACCAUCCUGUUUGAAAGCCUCUGCGUCUUUUUACUCACCACCUUGUAGCAAUCAAUCUCUGUAUUAGUUUUUGAUCAAGAAUGCAGUAUCUUACGGAAUAUUUUUGUGAUCAGUAGUCAAGUUCAACUUAUGUUUAACUUUCUGCUGCUUGAGUUGCCUGAUGCUCAGAGCUUUUGGUUUGGAUUACUGUUGCAAAAGGGAACUUGGUCUGGCAUUAAGAAUGUUCUCUUGGAGAAAAUAAGAAUUUUGACACUUCCAGAUCUUAGUUCUAGAUAAAGAAAGUAUUACAACAUCAUUUUACUCUUAUGAUCAAUUGUUAAAUGUAAUUGCAUGACAAACGUAAUGAAAAAGGGUGACCUGCUAGUAGAGUGUACUGGGGAAGGGAGGAUUCAUUCCUGGCUUUUUGUUGUUGUUGUUUUUUUGUGCAGUGAAACUUUGUGUUCCCGUUGCUUUGGCUGUCUGUGCUGUGGUGGAGUAUUUGUCAGCCUGGGGUGGGGAGGAUAUUGAUGUAUCUGCUAUUGCUUUAUUCAUUUGUUACAUUAUCUUUGAAAAAUAGCAUCCAUUUUAACAGUUAAAAUUUGUUAAUGUUGAAAUGUAAAGCUGCCAUCUUUAUAUUUUCCUGCCUCUGAUUUUAUUGUUGUGAGGGGAACAUACAAUUGUGGUUAACUUCAAAUUUUGAAAUUAAAAAAAAAAAUACAAUUGUUUGUAUAAAUGCCUGAUGAAACUUUAUUGCUGUGUUACUGACUGGCUUUGAUUUGAUAUGUGUGUCUGCUCCCUAUUCUUUCUUCCUUGAGUCUCCUUGACUCUGACCGGUGGGAUGAAAGGGGUUUAAAAGGAAUAUCUGCAGCUACCAUAAUUGCGUGCUCUCUUUGCCUGCGCCUUCCAUAUGAUAAGGGUGUCGCUGCCCUGUCCUGUUGCAUAUCCAGCUGUUUCAUUUGAAUGCGGAGCUGCUUUCCUUGUUAAGUAAAAUGUUUCACCAGCCCAUUGCAAAACUCAUGUUUAAUGAGCAAGUGACUCUUAAUGCUUGUUUGCUUCUUCUGACAUACAAUGUUCUGCAAAAAAGCUUUCUCAGAGGCCCAGUCUGAUGAAUCCCUGCUCCUGAGUCAGUGCACUGCCUGGACAGCACUUGGUGAAGUGAGGUGGUGGAAGUUCAGAGUUUUUAAUGUUUUCUGUUUUUGCCAACUCCUGGGGAUUUGAAUGUUUCAGGUUUGAGCUCCAGCUUUAUCUUACUGAAAAUCAGACUGCCCAUUUUCUCUUUCUACCCCUUUUCAGAAAGGCCUAAAGAAUGUAUUUGAUGAAGCAAUAUUGGCUGCCCUGGAGCCUCCAGAACCGAAGAAGAGCCGCAGGUGUGUGCUGCUAUGAACA